AUGGUGGAAGACUCAAAAAUGCGUAAUAUCGCCGCUUUCUGGCUGUUUGGGAUGUGCAAUAAUUAUGCAUAUAUUUUAAUGCUUUCUGCAGCCAAGGAUAUCAAUUCCAAGGGAAACGCUGUUGACGGGGAUUCAGGAAAUGCCAGUUGUCCGCUACUGAUGGCGCCACCUGUUAGUGGUCCUCAGCCAAGCUGGCGGUCUCCUAAUCGUCGCCUAUCCGCAGAGCUAUUCGGUUGCGAUUUGUGGCGUAAUCCUGGCCUCGCUGAGCACGGGUCUCGGGGAAUCUACCCUAGUCUCAUUCUCUUCGCGUUUUCCUCAUUCUACAGUAGUCGCAUGGGCUUCAGGGACUGGUGGAGCAGGAAUUAUUGGUUCCUUCAUCUACGCCGCCCUAACAGAACCAAAACUUGUUGGACUCUCGCCAAAAAAUGCACUUCUGGUUAUGAUGAAUAUACCAUUAACCAGGGAUUAUUCCAAUUGAUCAUCUUUGACUGCACCCAUGCAUUUGGAUUGACGAAAGCCAGCCAAUAUCGAUGGUUUCAGGUGCUCUACCGCGCCGGGGUGUUCAUCUCCCGUUCCUCAAUGGCUAUUGCCUCCCCAGACGGGCGAGAAUUCUCGAUGGGUGUCGGCACAAUAUCGGAUACCGUUGGCAUAUUUUUAGCAUCAUUUUCGUCGAUUUUGGUACACAAUCAUAUCUGCGAUCUACUCGGC